GCGACUGGACUGAAGGAAAACAGUUCGCGUUCAGUGGGGAGGACAUGAUUCAUGCUGGAGAGACUGUGGUAGUUGACGUGGGAAAGGAGAGGAAGAAGCUCAAGUUGGGGCUUGUGCUGGAAGUUGUCGAGGACGUGAAGGUGCGCGAGGCAGGAGGGGACGCUGGUGGUUUCAUGCUCAUCAGCAUGGUGGGGGGGAGCAAGAGCAGUAAGAAGCCUGUCAAGAUCGGAUGGCCAGGGAAGAAGGAAGAGCAGAUUGUGGAAGUCCCUCGCCGCCAGGUCGGCAAGUUGCUCGUCGAUCGUGAGCAGAUGGUGCAGCGAGUGAGGGAGAUGGAGAGAGAGGCUGGGGACGUGGACAGUUUCUCCCUCCAUGACCAGCGGGAGGCAGACAGAGUUCGGCUGCAGGUGCUGAUGGAGCGCUACGGUG